AUGGAUACUUACGUGUCGGAACAAGAAAUUACUUACGAAUUAAUAAGAAAGAUCGGGAUAAACUUAAAGAAGCAAGGAAAAUCACGUAUUACGAAAGGCUAUGUACAAGCUAGAAUUGAUACAUUGAACGAGUAUUGGCAGAAAUUUCAAACAAACCAUUUCCAAAUCUUGAAAUAUGCAACUACGGCUCAGAAAAAGGAGCAUAAUUACUUCACAACCGACUUGUACUCCAAUGGAGAAGAAGAGUAUUUUGUGAUUAAAGGAGAGUUAUCGGAUACUAUCGAGCUAUUCAACAAAUCCGAAACUUUGAGUGAGCAACCGCAAUCGCAACCGCAAUACAAGUCAACGUCGGAAGUAAACAAGCAUUCUACGCAAGAGGUGAAGCUUCCAAAAGUGAUCCUGCCCCAAUUCUCUGGAGAUUAUCAAGAAUGGACGUCAUUUAGAGACCUGUACACGUCGCUCGUUCAUAAUAAAACAUCGCUGAGCAAGGUACAAAAACUUCAUUACCUGAAAUCAAGUGUCACCGGUGAAGCUGAACAAUUAUUGAAGCAUCUGCAAAUAACCGAGAAAAACUAUGAUGUUGCAUGGGAAACUUUAGACAAGAGGUACAACAACAAACGCAUGAUAGUAAAUACCAUCUUGAAUAGAUUUAUGAAUCAAAAGAAAGUGUACAACGGCACAUCUAGAUCUAUCAGAGAGCUACUCGAUACUACCCAAGAAUGCCUGAACAGCCUUAAAAACAACGACGUAAAGAUUAACGAGUGGGAUACUAUCGUGAUUCACAUUAUACUCAACAAAUUGGAUGACGAGACGCGCAAACAGUGGGAAGAGGAGAUAAAAGCGCUACAGAGUUGCCGAAACUAG